ACUAAAUGCAUCAUGAAUCAUGAUGGCUGUUGCGUUUUUGAUUUUAUAAGAAGCAGAACAUAACAUAACCAAAAUAACUCAUUGAGUUUCAUUCACAAGUGCUUGUUUUGUUUUGUUUAUCUUAAAUUUUCAUUUUGUUUUUAUACUUGGGUAAAUCAUCAUGGAAGAAGAAAAUGCAGUUGUGAUCAAGGCGAAUCCUACAAGAAAAAUUGGCAAACUCACGAGAAAUAAAGUUCCACCGGAGAUUUCAGAAGAUCCAAUACUGAUCGAGGCUAUCUCAGUUUUACCUUCAAAUUAUAAUUUUGAAAUUCCUAAAACUAUAUGGCGAAUCAGGGAAGCCAAAGCAAAACGUGUGGCAUUACAAAUGCCAGAAGGUUUACUGGUAUAUGCACCUACAAUAUGUGACAUUAUUCAAUCAUUCACAGAAGCUAACACUGUUAUUAUGGGAGACGUUACUUAUGGUGCUUGUUGCGUAGAUGACUAUACUGCAAAGGCAAUUGGUGUUGAUUUUUUGAUUCAUUACGGUCAUUCAUGUUUAAUACCAAUUGACAGAACCAAAGGGAUCAAAAUGCUGUACAUAUUUGUUGAAAUAAAAAUUGACACUGUACAUUGUAUAGAAACAAUUAAAUUAAACUUUCCAGUAACAACUAGAUUAGGCAUGGUUUGUACAAUUCAAUUUGCUGGUACACUUCAAGUUGUCGCCACAGAAUUGAGAAAGAAUGGUUAUACCAUCACAAUUCCUCAAAGCAAACCUUUGAGUCGUGGAGAGAUUUUAGGUUGUACAGCUCCAACAAUGAAUGAUGUUGACAUAUUGGUAUAUCUGGGUGAUGGUAGGUUUCAUAUGGAGGCAGCAAUGAUCGCUAAUCCACAUUUGCCUGCUUAUCGCUAUGAUCCUUAUGAAAAAAAAAUGACAAUAGAAAAGUAUGAUUUUGAACUAAUGAAACAGAAUCGAAAAGAGGCUAUUGAAAAAGCCAAAAAUGCAAAAGUAUUUGGACUUAUUCUUGGAACAUUGGGACGCCAAGGAAGCCAAAGUGUUUCCUACAGAAUAGAGGAAAAAUUAAAAUCUUUGAACAAAAAUUAUGUAAAAAUUUUAUCACCAGAAAUUUAUCCUCAAAAACUAAAACUUAUGACUGGUAUAGAUGCAUUUAUUCAAGUUGCUUGUCCAAGAUUAAGCAUUGAUUGGGGAACGCAAUUUGAUAAACCACUUCUCACACCAUAUGAAGCUGCUGUAGCUUUGUCAAUGACUGAAAUGGAAGAUAAGAAGCCUUAUCCUAUGGACUAUUAUGCUGCAAACAGUUUGGGUCCAUGGACACCAAAUCACAAGCCUAGUGACUGCGAAAACAAGUCUGGUAGCAGUUGUUGUGGCAAAUGCAUGGAAACCAAAACGAAAGAUUUGGUGGUUUAAUAAAACACCAAAUUGAUUUUUAGCCCUUGUUUUUAUUGUAAAUAAAAAUAAAUUGUAUCAUAUAUUAGUAUUAAGAAGAAUAAAUUGUAUUUUUUGUUAAGCAA